AUGGAGACUGAGGGAGUCUCCCCCCACACAAGAGCGUCUUCUCCCUCUCGGGAUUACAAUCCUCGGAAGCGGGGGAGGACCGCUUGCACUCGCUGUAAAACGAGGAAGCAGAAAUGCGACAAUAACUAUCCCACAUGCUCCAACUGCCACAAAGCUGGAGCGAACUGCGACAAGGCUUCUGUGCGAAAUGAUAACGGAUCUCAGAAUGAAUAUACACGGGCUUUGGAGAGCCGAAUACACUAUCUGGAGUCGCAGUUAGAUUCAAGACCCAAGGACAGCCGGGCCAGCAGCCACGUUGCUCAUCCUGUCGCGGCACUCCUCUCUCCUCAGAAUCCCCCGACACCGGCUGGAUCGACCACCGAACUUGACCGGAAUGCUGUCGGGGAGAUAGUGGGCUUUCUCGCCCUCAACUCGUCGGAAGCUCCAGCGUAUGUGGGAUCCAGCUCCGGGCUGUCUCUGGCCGCAGACCUCGGAGAAAUGGUCCAAGCCACCGUCUGGAACCAAGCUCUAUCAUCGUCGCGGAACCCGCCCGGGACACGAGCCGGGCAGCUGCCCAGUCACAAUGUCACCGGACUUCCGCCGCAACCGUCUACGGGAGACAAGAGCUCAGAAGAGCGGGCGCGACCGUUGCGCAUGGAGGAGUUGCUGUCGAAGACCACGGACCCUCCGAACGAUGAACUGGGGUCACGGAUUCUGCGCGCCUAUCUGACGAGACUACACGUGCGGUAUCCCUUUCUUGAUCGGACUGAGCUAUGGCGCUUGCACGAAGACCGCUGGCGGUUGGCCAAGACUCCACGCGAAGAGCUUACCAGGGCGGAGCGAUUCGGGAUCUUCAAAUUGUAUCUCGUAUAUGCAAUUGGAGCGACGACUAUACAGCUGAGUGAGAAUCUGGCUACAAUUCUUCCCGAGCAAUUCUAUACAACCGCACUGCAGACUGUCCCCAGAAUGUGUGAGCCACGGUCGGUCGAGAACAUCGAAGCCAUGACUCUGAUGGUGGUUUACCAUCUUCGAUCUGCGUCCAGUCAGGGCAUGUGGUACAUGGUGGGGCUUGCGAUGCGGACCGCCAUCGACCUGGGUUUGCACCGAAAGGCAAAUGAAAACAACCUGGAUCCGUUCACCGCGCAGAUGCGACGCCGUCUGUUUUGGACAGUCUACUACCUUGAGCGUGUGGUGUCGAUGUCACUGGGCCGACCCUUUAGCAUUGCAGACCGACACAUCGACCUGCCUUUACCACUCGAUGUCGACGACGAUGUGCACGAUCCGGCUGUGCUGACUGCAUCUCCGCCGAUGGACAGAAUCACAAGCCUCACAUUCGCCAUCUACCUCAUGAAACUCCGUCGGAUUGACUCGAGAAUCCAACAUAAGAUCUACCGAGCCGAUCGCCCGCUGCACACUCUGCGCUCCAAGAUGGACCGUCUAUAUCUGGAACUGGAGGAAUGGAAGCAGUCCGCGACGCGCCGUUUCAGUGGAUCCGACCUCGAUUACCCGAUGCUACACUACCACCGGGCUCUACGGCUGUUGAUCCAGCCUUUCCUGCCCUCCCUGCCCCUCACAGACCCCUACUACCACAUCUGUCUGCGAGCCGCCGGAAACACCUGCCAGACGCACAAGCGACUUCAUCAGACCCUGGAAUACGGCCACUCCUUCCUGGCGGUGCAAACCGUCUUCAUGGCCGGAAUCACUCUGCUCUACGCCCUCUGGACCCACACCAGCGACGUCUGGUCCGUGCAGCUCAGCAACGACAUCCGGGCCUGCUCCACUGUGCUCUUCGUCAUGGGCGAGCGCGCCAAGUGGGUGAAGAAGUACCGGGACGCCUUCGAGCUACUCGUCAACGCGGCCAUGGAGAAGCUCGAAGGCACCGAUGCCUCCAAGAAGGUGGGCAUGGCCGAGCUGAUGACGGCCCAGCACAUCGGCGGCGGCGGCGGAAUCAACGCCGGCAUGUUUCGCGACAAUCACCCCAGCACCUCGCGACCUACGGAAGGAGGGACGGCGGCAGCGGCGCAGCAGCAGCAGCAGCAGCAGCAGCAGCAGCAUCAACAGCAGCAGCAGCCCGCUGCCAACCCGGCUGUCUCGGUUGACCCGACCAGCCAGGACCACGGCGUGCGCAUGGCGUUGCAGCUCGCCCCCUGGAUUGACCUGGAGGAGGACAGCCCGUUUUGGAUGCCGGAUUUCGAGACUCUGGAGGGGUUGUCGGGGGAUUUGUGGAGUAGCGGAGAGUUUGCGCCGUUUGCGCCGGUUGAUCCGCUUUUUGGGGUUAUGACGGGGCCAGACGUGUGA